GCCAAUCGCCCAUCGCCAUCGUUAUCGCCAUUGUUAUCGCCAUUGCUUAUAUUCCUUAUCAAGGACAGUGAAGAAGAUCAAUAAUUGAUCCAGCAAAUGUUCAUCGCAGUUCUCAAAACCCUAUUACGUUGAUUUCUGAAUCUGGGUUUACAAGUUCUUCCGAAUUCCAACUACCGAUAAACUCAGAUGGCAGCGACGGAAAGUUUUUACCAAAGAAUCCUCCCUUCUCCUCCCGCCAUUGAUUUCUCUUCCUCCGAAGGAAAACAACUAUUUCAAGAAGCCAUUCAAGGAGGUACAAUGGAAGGUUUCUUUAAACUCAUAUCAUAUUUCCAAACCCAAUCCGAACCUGCAUAUUGUGGAUUAGCAUCUCUUUCCAUGGUCUUAAACGCCUUAGCAAUCGAUCCUGGAAGAAAAUGGAAAGGACCCUGGAGAUGGUUUGAUGAAUCAAUGCUUGAUUGUUGUGAGCCUUUAGAAAGGAUCAAACUUGAAGGUAUCUCAUUUGGUAAGCUUAUCUGUUUAGCUCAAUGUGCUGGUGCAAAAGUUAAAGCAUUUCGUACAAAUCAAAGUACAAUAGAUGAUUUCCGUAAUCAUGUUAAAACAUGUAGUUCUUCAGAUGAUUGUCAUUUGAUAUCUUCAUAUCAUAGAGGAAUGUUUAAACAGACUGGAACAGGACAUUUUUCGCCUAUUGGUGGUUAUCAUUCUGAAAAAGAUAUGGUUUUGAUUUUGGAUGUUGCUAGGUUUAAAUAUCCUCCUCAUUGGGUUCCUUUAACACUUCUUUGGGAAGCUAUGAAUACUGUUGUUAAAACUAGUGGUUUAAGUAGAGGUUUCAUUCUUAUAUCUAAGCUUCGCAAACCGCUUUCACUGUUUUAUACUUUGAGAUGUAAAAACGAGAAUUGGGUUGGCAUUGCAAAGUACUUAAUAGAGGAUGUACCUCGGUUUAUAAGCUCGGAAGAUAUGAAUGAUGUGAGGAUGGUUCUUACGACGGUUUUAUCAUCAUUUCCUUCAGAUUUUGGGGAAUUCAUAAAAUUGGUAGAAGACAGUAGCCAAGAAGAAAAGGAUUGGUUUUCGAUAAAAGAGAAGAUAUUGAAGCAAGUUCAGGAGACAGGUCUUCAUAAAUAUGUGAAGGAAUUCUUCCUGGUUAGGGAAAUUUCAUGUUGUAGUGGUGAAUUCCCGACUUUGCUUCUGUUAGCCUUGCCACCUUUGGCAUGGAAUGGAAUUAGAAACCCUAAUGUUUUGCAGGAAAUAAAGGCUCUCACUUUGACUGAUGAUCUUCCUUAUUUGCUUCAAGAGGAGGUGUUACAUUUGCGAAGUCAGUUACAGCUUCUCGACAGAUGUAAUGGUAAUAGAUUGGAGGAGGAUUUUGGUGUUCCUCUACUUUAGAUUUCACAUCUAACCAUUUUUUUUAUGAUCGGUUUUAGUUUUGCUAUGUUCUAGUUAUGCAGGCAAAGCUUGCAUUAAGUUUUGAAAAGAGGAGAAAACAAGAUUCUAUACCAUUUUUUAAGAUGGGUUUCUUUUGUCACACGACUCCCACGUUUAUUAUUCUCAUUUGA